AUGGCAAAAAAGGGACCCAAUUCUAAAGCUGAAGCUGCUAAUGCAAGAAAAGCUGCUAGUAAAGCAGAAAAAGAUAGAAAGGCUGCUGAAGCUGCCGAAGCUGCUGAGUCAUCCAAAUGGGCAGAAGGAGCCAAGAAGAACAAGAAAGAAGAACAAGAAGCUAAAAAGGCUGCUGCUGCUGCUAAAAAAGCAGAGGCUGCAAGACUCUUGGCUGAAGAAGAAAAAGAAUUUAAAAAGAAGCCUACUUUGAAAGGUGUUGAUAAAAAAGCUGCUCAAAAAUCUGCCAAGAAUGAAGCUGCUGGUCAUGCUAGACGUGUAAUUCCUGAAUUCUCAGCAUCGGGUAUUGAUGAUGCUCUUGAUCUUUUAUCUCUUAAUGACAAGUCUGUAAAAUCUAAAGACAUUGAAAAGCAUCCCGAGCGUCGUUUCAAAGCUGCUUUGGCUGCCUUUGAAGAACGUGAAUUACCUAGAUUUAAAGCUGAAAACCCAGGCUUGCGUUUAAGUCAAUUAAAGGAUUUGAUCUAUAAAGCAUUCCAGAAAUCGCCUGAAAAUCCCUUCAAUCAAGCUAAUGUAGUAGCAUAUAAUGCUACUAUAGAAGAAGCUCAACAAGCUAAAUCACAAAGAAAUAAGGCUAUUGAGAAUCGUCUUCGUACUAACUAA